CUCGUCGUUCGUCUUUCUCGUCUUCGGCGUGUCUCGCCCUUUCCUGGGCGCCUCGUCGCCGGCAGCAGAAGCAACUCGUGGGGCUGUCGCUUCUUUCGUCGCCUUCCGUGGGGUCGUCGCCGUGGACCGGGACCGUUGAUUCGGUCCUCAUAACUACAGUUUCUUAAGUUAAAAAAAAGGGGGAAGUUCAGGCGUUAACGACAAGGAAGGGGGUGAAGUAGUCCACGUGUAUGGUCAACUAGUAUGAUAACAUAAAGGGGGUGGCGUGUUAACCACGUGCGGUGUUUAGAUCUUUGAAGUUUGGACUUUGAAUCCCACCGUCAUCACCGUCUUCGCCUCCUUUAACCAACGCCCACCAAAUCUUCACCCCUUCUCUAUUUCUAUCCCAGCGUUUCUUUCUCGAUUCCGCGUCUUCUCUCAUUCCAAGAUUUUCUCCAUUCCCCCGCUUUUCCAUAUUUUAGGUUUCACUUUGGAUUUCCAAUCCCAAUCUGCCAUCCUCCCUUUCUCAAUUUAAGUUUCCUUUCUCCAAUUAUUUACCAGUUGAAGAGAAAAAUGCCGGCAUUCUUAUCCACCGCGAAGGCACUCCGCUCCUUAGCGUCAUGCAGAAGCGGCGUCGCUCAAUUGAUUAGGAGGAGCAGCAGCCACAAAUUCGAAGGCUGCCGGUGUCUUACCUCCAUCGCUGGCGGCGCCACCAAUCAGAUUCAGUCCCUUGGAUGCCACAUUGGCGGUUCCCCGUUUACGGGAGCGUUGAGUAACAGCAAUGCUGCUCUCCAAACGAGACACUUCCUUGGAUGUGGAGAUGGUGAAGAAGGUGUUCUCUCCAAAAUUUACGAGGAGAAGCGCGUUUUGGGGUAUUCGGCAGAGCAAUUAUUUGAUGUUGUUGCAGCUGUUGAAUUCUACCAUGGGUUCGUUCCCUGGUGUCAAAGGUCGGAGAUACUUAGGCACUAUCCAGAUGGAUCAUUUGAUGCUGAGUUGGAGAUUGGAUUUAAAUUUCUUGUUGAAAGUUAUGUUUCUCACGUUGAAUUGGAUAGACCAAAACGUAUAAAGACAACCGUUUCUCAGAGUACCCUGUUUGAUCAUUUGAUAAAUAUAUGGGAAUUCAAUCCAGGCCCAGUUCCAGGGACGUGCAAUCUUUAUUUUUUGGUGGAUUUCAAGUUUCAGUCACCACUUUACAGACAGAUUGCAUCUAUGUUCUUCAAGGAGGUAGCCUCUAGGAUGGUUGGUUCAUUUACGGAGCGUUGCCGUUUGAUAUAUGGACCAGAGGUGCGGGUCCAUGAAAGGUCAUAUGGAGAAAGGGCAUAAUUUAAUUGGUUUAGACAUCAGUUUCUUGUCUCGAACAGGGCUAAGGUCAAUUUACAGGUUCAACAUUAAUUGGGAAGGUUUUUGAUUGUGUGCCGCCCAAUGCCGAAUGAGUACGAUUGAUCAUUUCUCUUUCUAAUCCCUGGUGAUAUUUGUAAUUUGUGUAGAUGAAUUCUACAAUACACUCUGUACAGUCUUAAAAGUGACCUGAAUUUAACAUGAAUUUUUUUUCCUUGAAAAAAAUGUGACCUGGAAUGGAAAAAAACUAUCGCAGAUCCCUUCUUGGUUUAUGUAAAAUGGACAUUUAUUUCUUCCCAAUACAAUACACACAAGUUAUCGUAUUACUAGCAA